GGGCCAAAAUCAUUUUUAACAUUUGAAGAGAGAGAGAGAGAGAGAUCAUUUCCACCUUCUUCGCCCGUUUUCUGAAACUCGUCGACGGAGAAGAGGAGAUAGUUUGUUCGGAGAAUUCUCAGAUCUCAGAGCAAAGAAGUGGCUACAACAAUUCAACUGUCGCCGGAGAAAGGAGGUCGCGCAAUUUGAAGCAAGCGGAGAUGUUGCCCACAGCUUCCAGAGGACGCUCCUCGUCCUCUACAUCUCGAGCUAAUCCCAUGUAUCUGCAGUACCUUCGUCGAAUCGUCAAGUGGCAACAAAUGGACAUCGAAUAUACAUUCUGGCAAAUGCUUCAUCUAUGCACUUCACCAAAAGUUGUCUAUCAGCAUACCAAGUAUCACAAACAAACUAAGAAUCAGUGGGCACGUGACGAUCCUGCUUUUGUUGUGAUCUGCAGUCUUCUUUUGGCAGUUGCGACUCUGGCUUACUGUGCUGCAUAUGAUCAUAGUGCUGCACAUGCCUCUUUUGUAGUUAUUUCUGUACUGCUCUUCCAUUUGCUAAUAACUGGGGCGAUUUUGGCAACUUGUUGUUGGUUGCUAACAAAUGCUUACCUUCGGGAAGAGACACCAGGCAGUCAUGUAGUUGAGCAACGGGUUGAAUGGCUCUAUGCAUUUGAUGUGCACUGCAAUUCUUUCUUCCCGAUGUUUGUUUUGCUUUAUGUUAUCCAUUACUUUAUGUCACCGCUUCUGGUGGCCCAUGGCUUCAUUCCAUUAUUGCUGUCAAAUUUGCUUUUCAUGAUUGGGACUUCGUAUUACCAUUAUGUCAACUUUUUAGGCUAUGACGUAUUGCCAUUUUUGGAGAAAACUACAUUCUUCCUCUAUCCAAUUGGUGUGGUCUUUGUCCUUACUCCAAUCUUUAUCUUGAUAGGCUUCAACCCUUCAAGAUAUUUCAUGAAUAUCUACUUUAGUCAGAACUUAUAAUCUCAACUUACGGAUUCGGCUACAGCUUGCUUAUCUCGAGGCAGGACGAUUGAUAAAUCAAAUGAUUUCAUUGACACAAGUCACUGCAUCUUGAAAGAAAUGAGGAAGUCCACGUCGUUAGAGCCUCAGCUGCUAAUUUUUCAGGCUUUUCACGAGCAAUAUCAAGAAUUGUAGGGGGUAGGAUCUUGGUAUCUUGUGCAUCACGGCUACAAAUGAGGUGAUGCGGCUAAAUUUUUGAUGAAAUAGAUGUGUUGAAUGUAAUGAUUUUUACCUUAUACGUUUUAUUUUUGCAGUUUACACAUACACUUGAAAAGAAAUUUAAUUCCAUUAGGCUUUCUGAAUAUGUUGUAUCUGCAGAUUUGUUUGUUUGAUGUGCAGAGACCAUUUCAUUGUUGCUUAACAUUGCUUUCCAGUUGACAAGAAACAGGUGUAUUCCCUUUCCCAUUUUGUUCAACGUAGGAAAAAUGUAUGUCUUAUGAAAUGCAAAUGACAAACAGGUCAACGAUGAGAUAAUGGUACAGUCGACCUAAA